AUGUAUGCUCAAAAUAAUAACUCUUUCUAUGACGAUUCAUCUGAUUUCAUCAACCAAAAUUACCCUUCCCGCUUAACACCUCCGUUAGUUCAGUCUCGUGCAGGCAAUUUUGACUCCAUGAAUGAAGCUUUUGUAGUUGCAAACGCCAAUCCAAAUAUGAGUACUGGGAGCGGGUGUACUAGUAACAGUUACAUAGGCUCACCAACUUCGCCUCUAAGCUAUACAAGCAGUCAUCCACCAAAUAGUACUGCGAGCUUGAUGCAAAGGAGCCUUAGUAGCCACUCCCUCCAAAAAAACGGGUUUCAACUGCCUGUUUCAACAGCUGCUAGCCUUCUUGACCUUGAAAUUGGCCCGGUGAGACGGGUCUUUAGCACAGGCGAUUUGGAUCAGGGAGUCAUCUUGAACCAUCACCAUUACCAUCACCACCAGGUUGGAAGUCCAUUAAACGAAAGUACGAAUAUCAUUCUUGAAGGUAUGACAAAGACAUGUCGCUACAGUCCCGAGGAAAAGAAAGAAAGAAUUGAAAAGUAUCGUAGCAAAAGAAGUCAGAGAAACUUUAAUAAGAAAAUUCAGUACGCAUGCAGGAAAACAUUAGCUGACAGCAGACCAAGAGUUAGGGGUCGAUUUGCAAAGAAUGAUGAAAUCGAACAGCCUGUCAACUUUCAGGACUUACAAUGGAAUCAAGUAGCAGGUGAAGAAGAUGAUGAGGAUGAAGGGCAGUGGAUCCAUCUUCUGAACUCCCUUUCAUCCAAUUUGGUUCCAUAA